CUGCGUGGGACGAGGCGGGGACAGCAGGCAGGCGGGCGGGCAGCGUGCUGGUCGGGUUGGUGGACAGCUGAUUGUCCGUGUUAUUAACUGUGUUCGAGGGCGUUCCCUGCUCGCCUCGCAGGCCACGCCUCCCUCACCUACUAGUUCUCUCCUGUUUGGCAUCCCAGAGAUGGUCCAAAGUGAUUCCUCAGGGAAGAAAAGAGCGCAAAUCACCCGAGCAGGAGCUGACGAGGAGCCGAGCCGCCGCUACACCCAAGGACUGCCUCUUAAUUGCGCGUAAUCUUCCGUUUCAUUCAUCUCGAACAGAGGAGAAGACUUUGUAAAUCAAGGAGCGCAGCGAAGGAAGGUGUUUCAUCUCGGGCUUUUUUUUUUUUCUUCCUCUCUCACUGUGGACUGUUUGUUGCGAAAAAAAACCUGACAUUUUGCUUGUGUUUCUGUCAGCUGCACCUUGAUCCGGGAGACCGUCGCCAACUCAGUGCAGCCUCUCAUCCUGCGCUUCCCCUUUCAUCGUUCUUUUGCGUUGCUCAUCUUCAUAGCUGCUGCUGCCGCUGCUGCUGCUGCUUUUCCCCCCUUCGUCUUUCUAUAUUUUUUUUUCCUUUCUGGAGUCGCUGACAUGAGGUUGCAGCUAACCCCUGGAUGCUGACAGCUCCCCCUUUUCCUUCCACGUGUCGCAUCUUUUGUUUACUUUGAGAAACACGCGUGCAACUAAACGCCAAGUGAAACAGACCACGCCACUUUGCUCCUCUGACAGCGCGAUCAAACAGACGCAAGAGGAGGGGAGGCAAGGGGAGAGAGGGAGAAGAGAGAGAGAGAGAGAGAGAGAAAAGGAGGGAGCCACGGAGAGGAGGAUAGAGAGAGAGAGCGAGAGAGAGAGAGAGAGAGAGAGAUAGAGACGGCGUGAAGGUGCGUUUUGAUGUUUGGCAUCCACGAGAGCAUCCAGAGGAGUGGGAGUAGUAUGAAAGAAGAGCCCAUGGUGGCCGGGAUGAACGCGGUUCGGACAUGGAUGCAGGGCGCCGGAGUGCUGGACGCCAACACAGCCGCCCAGAGCGGAGUGGGUCUCGCUCGGGCUCACUUCGAGAAGCAGCCGCCCUCCAACCUGCGCAAGUCCAACUUCUUCCACUUCGUCCUGGCUUUAUACGACAGACAGGGGCAGCCGGUGGAAAUAGAGAGAACCACGUUCGUUGACUUUGUAGAGAAGGAAAAGGAAACGACGGGGGAAAAGACCAACAAUGGGAUCCAUUAUAGACUUCAGCUGCUCUACAGUAACGGGAUCAGGACGGAGCAGGACCUGUAUGUUCGUCUCAUUGACUCUAUGACUAAACAGGCGAUUGUCUACGAGGGCCAGGAUAAAAAUCCAGAGAUGUGUCGGGUCCUGUUGACCCAUGAGAUCAUGUGCAGUCGAUGCUGCGAUAAGAAGAGUUGCGGCAACAGGAACGAGACCCCGUCAGACCCUGUCAUCAUCGACAGGUUCUUCCUCAAGUUCUUCCUGAAGUGUAACCAGAACUGCCUAAAGAAUGCAGGGAACCCUCGAGACAUGAGGCGUUUUCAGGUGGUCGUGUCGACCACAGUGAGCGUGGAGGGUCACGUCCUGGCCGUCUCCGACAACAUGUUUGUGCACAACAACUCCAAACACGGGCGUCGAGCUCGAAGACUGGACCCCUCGGAAGGAACACCAUCCUACCUGGAACACGCAACCCCCAGCAUCAAAGCCAUCAGCCCCAGUGAAGGCUGGACCACAGGGGGCGCAACAGUCAUCAUCAUCGGGGACAACUUCUUUGACGGCCUGCAGGUCAUCUUUGGAACCAUGCUAGUGUGGAGUGAGCUGAUCACCCCCCAUGCCAUUCGUGUGCAGACUCCACCCAGACACAUCCCCGGGGUGGUGGAGGUCACACUGUCCUACAAAUCCAAACAGUUCUGCAAAGGCACACCUGGACGCUUCAUCUACACAGCACUGAACGAACCAACCAUAGACUACGGCUUCCAGAGGUUACAGAAGGUCAUCCCCAGACAUCCCGGAGACCAAGAGAGAUUACCCAAGGAGGUGAUUUUAAAGAGAGCGGCAGACCUGGUAGAGGCCUUGUACGGGAUGCCUCACAAUAACCAGGAGAUGAUCCUGAAACGAGCAGCGGAUAUCGCCGAGGCCCUCUACACGACGGUGCCGCGGGGGCACAACCAGCUAGCCAGCCUUGGCAGCAGCUCCGUCCACGCUGGCAUGAUGGCCGUAAACUCCUUCAGUGGGUCGGAAGUGGCACAAACAGCCAAUCAGGGUUUCAGUAGGAGUACAAGCAGUGUGUCCCCUCAUGGUUAUGUUCCCAGCUCCACUCCCCAGCAGAGUAGCUACAGCUCUGUCUCCACUAGCAUGAAUGGCUACGCUAACUCUGGCAUGGCAACCUUGGGCACCUCGCCCAACUUCCUCAAUGGAUCUGCAGGCAACUCGCCCUAUGCUAUCGUCCCGUCCAGCCCGACCAUGGCGUCGUCGACCAGCCUGCCCUCCAACUGCAGCAGCUCCUCCGGCAUCUUCUCCUUCUCUCCGGCCAACAUGGUGUCCGCCGCCGUCAAGCAGAAGAGCGCCUUCGCCCCCGUCGUCCGACCCCAGAACUCCCCUCCUCCCACGUGCACCAGCGCCAAUGCUAACAGCCUGCAAGAUCAGUCUUUUGUGGACUCUAGCAAGUACUCAUCAGCCAGCUCUCUGCAGGGCCUGGCCUUCUCCUGAACGAUUCCUGGGAUGAUCGUUCCACCCAUGUAGAGGAUCUGGGAUAGCUGGAGAUUUGGGAAUGUUGAGAGGAAAAGACACAGUAGCGGAGUCUGGCGAGUCUCUGUUAUGCUCCGGAGCUGAACUAAAGGAAGUCAAGAUAAGACGCAGGACUCUGUUAAACUCAGGCCUUUCCAUUGGGAUUUCAUCUGAAGGGAUAGGGGAGAAGGAAAAAAAAAAAAAAAAGGGGACAAUAUGAACCUUUGUGAUGUUAUUUCCCUCUUGGUUGAAUUAGUGUAGCUUCUCUGACACCGCGUUGGAUGGAGUGUAUAGAGACUGAUAGUUUGCCCACAGUGUGACACUGACCUCAUGAAAAGAGCAUUUAUUUAUCUUUAUGUUUAUGCCUGUAAGGUUUGGGUUUGAUUACUGGAGGCCCCACGCCGUCUCGCAAUCCGUAACUCGCACAAACAACAGUGAAGUGUUGGUUUGACCAUGAAGUUUACGUAACUUCUGUCACAAUAGGAGAUGCUUUCUUCAGCUUAGCCGGCUCGCUAAAAAAACCACAUAACAACACACUGGCCAAAUGGAAACAAAGGUCAACAACACAGAAAACAAAGAAAUACAGAAACGAAUAAAAUCAACCCUCAAUUUUGCUGCUAAGUAUCCCAUAAAGCUAAAAGUGGUCUAUCAAAAUCGCCCUAUGCUGUUUCAACAUCAGAAACCAUGCCUUUUUUUUUCUUUCUUUCUUUUUUUUUUCUCUCAUUUGGUUUGUUUGUUUGAAUUUUGACAAAACUGUGAGGAUUGAGCUGUUUGCAAUAUGCUUUUUCUGCUUGUCAUGUGAAGAAAAGGUGAUGAUUUUAGCCAAAAUUGACAUUUUGUCUGAGAUUUUAGUGAAGACUUGAAAAGCCAGAGGAUGUGUGCGUCCAGCCAGCACUGUACUGAAGGAGUCUAGCAAAUAUCAAAUUAGAAUAAAUGCGUGAUAUAUGUGAUAUAUUUUUGUAUAUAAAAAAAACAAAAACAAAUGUUGAAUUUUUCAUUUGACAUUUCUUUUUCUUUUUGCAAUAGCUAUAGUUUGAAAUGUAAACAUUAAAUGUCUUAAGGCAGCUUCUCAGUACAGAAGAUAGAUUUACUGUGUGUUGUCAAUAUCUCAUCUGCUAAACAUGAGAAACAUGGAUUUGGAUACAAAAAGGGGAUUCCUGUAAAAUAUCCUAUAAAUAAUGUAUUUAUCCCUUGUAUUUGUACAUUGACUCUCACCCUCGUUUAGUUGUGUUGUGUAAGUUUAAUACAGUAAGUGAACAUAUUUCACAGUGUUUUGUUUCAUUAUUUACUGUUGUCUCUCACUAUUUAAAUGUGACUUUUUUAUCUUUUUUUUGUCGUUGUUGUUAUUUGUUCGUUUGUUUUGUAUGUUGAUUGUUUUUGCAUUGGUAUACCAUGCUUUCAUUUGUUGAUUCAAAACAUGCCAUUGUCUAUUUUUGUAUUAUUUGUAAGUUAAUAAAAAAAAUCUUGUUUUUUUUCCUUAUGAAAAUGUUUAUUGUAUGGCAAAAAAGUAGCAUCUUAUUCAGAGUAUUUGGUUGAAGUAGAUUUUUUAAGAAUAUAAACACACAUUAAUAUAUACUGUAAAUCUAUAUCUUUUUGUUUGAACUCUUUGAGGCUUUCAGAUUGAUACUGUUCUUGAACUGAUAAUAUGCAUGGGUUCUUCUCUUGAGUGACUCUUUUUUUGUGUGUGUGGAAACCAAGAGAACUAAGAAAUUGCUCUGUUUUUCUUUCUUUGUGUUCCUCUUUUUUCCCCCUCUCUGUUCUUUCUUUUCCUGUGUUAUUUAUGCCUGCUUACAUACUGUAUCUAUAUACUCUUUCGUUGUUUUUUUUUUUCUUGUUGUUUUUUUUUUUUUCUGUCACUGUAAUCUUUACCAGCAGUCUAGAUGCCUUAACAAUGCAAACCCAUUCUUCAUUCAAUCACGUGUACAGUUUUCUACCCUCACCACAAUUGUCUAUUGCCACAGAGGAAUUCAUGAGAACUUGGGGACAAAGCACAAACCCACUCUGUUUGGUGGUGAAGCCAGACUAGAAUACAAAGAGCCAUAAUUCAACGAUCACACACACCCCGAUGUACUAUAAUACUACAGCAAUGGCACGCUUUGAAGGACAGGCAGAGCAGGCCUGUCUCAGCUGUGCUGGCUGCACAUUAGUGUUCACAGAAACACUUGUGUCUUUUUUGUAGCGAUUAUGUAGCCUUUUUUUAAUUAAGUAAAGGAGUCAUUUCAACAGCAUGACAGUAAUAUAUCUCAUGAACCACGGGAUCACAACAGUUUGACAACACGGAGCUGUUUUAAUUGUAGUACAGAGGGGCGCACAGUGAAGACAAGCACUGUCACAGCACAAUUUUAAUCUCACACAUGGAGUCGUAGGUCUGACUCCAGUACCUGACAGCCGAUCCCCCCCCCCCACUCCUUCCUCCCACCAGUCCUUCUCUCCCUGUAUUAGCCUUUGGACAACGCAGCUUCAUUACAAGCUAAACAGAACAAGAACAUGUGACGAAGCAUGAAAAGGGAGCUCCUUGGCCCAUCAGCCAUUUCUGUAGUCUUUUCUUUGUGUCUGCCGUGUGUCUUCAAGCUGUUGCUGGACAGAGAAUAGGGCUUUUCUCUCUGCUUUUCUUUUUCUAGAGCCUGGUUUUGUUAAGUGGGUAGAAAGGACCGUUUUAACAGAGGCGCCUGCUGACAGACGAGUGUUUUUCAGGCACUUGUGUGCCUGUGCCGGUCUGGGCCGGGGCGGGAGGGGCCGCAACAUAUCUGUUUCAAAUGAACUACAGAGGUCUGUUGUCAUACAAUGGCAUCUUUGUAAGCAAAGUUCCAUCCUGAAUAUGAAUAUCAGUAAUGGGUGACAAAGUUUUGUAUUUAGGUAACAAACAACAAAAAAAAAAGAUGCAAACCAAAUAGCUGGUGUCUAUUUUUUCCUCUGUUUGUCUUUGACUGCAAAUACACUGAACAGCUCUACGAUAUAAGGGAAGAAAAAAAUUCUACUGUAUAGAUUGUUAUUGUUUUUGAUGAAAAUUGAGCUGUAAGAUAACUUUUGGACUCUCACAAUGUUGAAUUAAAGUUACCUCUUGUCUGUGA